GGGUGUGCACUGGGAAUGGACAUUAGUGGAAUUUCUGUAAUGGAGAAGCAGCAAAGUGAUAAACAUGCCAUUGAUCAGAAUGCAAGUCAGAACAUCAUGCCGAGAAGAAAUACAGGAAACUUUGGCAACUUGAAUGUGGAUAUGCAAGUCACCAAUCCAUCAGAAGCAGCUGCACUUUUUAAUUUACAUCGAGCACACCAUUUUAGUGAGUUUGAACAUUCUUCAGAACAACACUGCAAGCAGGAUCUGUUCCCCAAGUGGCACUUACCAAUGAAGAUAGCAUGCGUGCUCUCAUUAUUAACAUUUAUUUACACUUCUAUGAGAGAUGUCAUAUAUCCUUUUAUAACCAAAAAGGAAAACGUUUUCUAUAAAAUUCCAAUCCUUGUCAUAAACAAAGUUUUACCAGUGGUUUCAAUUACCCUUUUAGCACUAGUAUAUUUACCAGGAAUAUUAGCUGCUGGUUUCCAGUUGUACUUUGGCACCAAGUAUAAAAGGUUUCCUCAGUGGCUGGAUAGAUGGAUGUUAUCAAGAAAGCAAUUUGGACUUCUCAGUUUUUUCUUCGCUACAAUGCACGCCUGCUAUAGCCUAUGCUAUCCAAUGAGAAGAUCAUACAGAUACAAGUUGCUGAACUGGGCAUUCCAGCAGGUAAAACAAAAAAAAGAAAAUGCCUGGAUUGAACAUGAUGUUUGGAGAAUGGAGAUUUAUGUGUCUCUAGGAAUUCUGGGACUUGCUUUGCUGGCCUUGUUGGCAAUAACAUCAAUUCCAUCUGUCAGUCACUCUUUGACCUGGAGAGAAUUCCACUACAUUCAGAGCAAGAUGGGAUAUUUAGCUCUGCUGCUAUGCACUGUUCACGCACUGGUGUUUGCCUGGAAUAAGUGGGUUGAUGUUAAUCAAUUUAUUUGGUAUACACCACCUUCAUUUAUGGUAGCAGUUUUACUUCCUAUUGUAGUUCUGCUUUGCAAAUGCAUACUACUCCUCCCAUGUUUUAGGAAAAAGAUAAAAAAGAUCAGAUGCGGUUGGGAAGAUCAAACCAAUCAAACCAGUGUAACUUCCAGACUGUAGCUUAAAUAUGGACAUUUCCUUUUCAUGUAUGAAAAUCUGCUCAAGGCCAUGAAAUGUUCACCCGCAAGCUCUGUUUUCACAUUUUCCAUAGACGUUUCUUUCUCACUUUUCAUUUCAGCUUCAGGAGUAUGGAAUACUUGAUGCAGUUCGAACUUUUUCUAAGACAAAAAGUGGAAACAUUCAUUUUACACUCUAUUCAUUGUUAUGGUAUCUGUUCAUCUAUUUCUUCUGACUCACUCCUUGUAAAAUCCAAGGCCUUCAUUGUUGCAAUACUAAUUCUUUCAAAGACAAAAGCAAUCAUAAAGCAUUGUUACAGAUGACCACAGAAAGUCAAUAAAUUAUUACACCACAAAACCCA